UUUAUCUUGUUUCAAAAUGUUUUGUGUAUUUUUUAACUUGUUUCAAUGUUGUAUCAUGUUUCACAUUGUACCAACAAAAAACUAUACAAUUAUUUUGGAUCAGGUUAGGUGAUACAACACGACAACAUAAUGAACCAUGAACGUACACCAUGGGGAGGGAGAAAACAAAUCUAAUACUCCUAACACUUUGAAGCAAGACAAAAUUGAAAACAGUAAAAAAGAAAAGUAUUACGAAUCUGUUGCAGCUUCCAACCGUUCCCCCCGCUGUUUUCAUCGGUCUGGAGAGGGAGAGCCCUUCCGGCGAGCACCACAGGACAAGUUUGUGAAGGGAACGCCGCAGACUCGGCAGCGGCAGGGACCCCUCUCCCCCUCCCAUCACUAGAACAGGCGGCAGUCGCCAUGCCUCUGUUUCUCUUGUUGGUGGAGGCCGGAGGAGUGCGGCGGCGGAGCCGACGUCCGCCAAGACGCCAAAAAAUCGAGGUCGCCGCCGUGUUAGUAUGUGCACAACCUUCCUCUUCGUCCGUCGGUCCAACCACACAGAGUCCAGUCCACCAAAUCUCAACUCUCAAGCAGAGCAUGUUGCCACACCACCGGUCCCCUCUGUCAAGAAUAAGCUGUUGUUGCACACCAAAUGCUUGUUGGAAUGCCCAGCCCAUCUUCUUGACAAAAUCGAGAUCCGACUCUGCAUGCUUAACAAUUUCCACCGACUUGUAUGUUAACAUGAGCCCCCUCCUAUCAUCGACGCAAGCAUUUCGUUUCUUUCGACCAGGGGAAGGAAGGCAAACUGAAUCCCCCUCCUGGCUGUUUUUCGUCCUCUCCACCAGGCAAAACCGCAGAGCCGUGUCAGCUCCAUUCUUGAGCUAUCUGCAGUAAUUGUGUAAUGGGCCCUGAAAAUGAAACCCUCUCCCAGUCUCUCGGUCCCAAGCUGUCAGCAGCACACCUAGCAAAGUAUCGCAGGUGUUGGAUCAAGUUCAUGGAUGGACCAGUCUUUGCAGACCAUCUCUUUCUGGGUCUUGGUCACCUUUUCCUGUCGAUUCCCAUCCACAUGUUGUUCUAUCGCUGCGAUGUUGGUCUCUGAUGGAGGUUACAAGCAAGUCAACACCAAGUCUACUCUGAGGGACACAUAUAGAGAAGGAAUGAGCACGAGAUGCACUGCAUUAGACAUGGCACCUGCAGGAACUCUCCGCUCUCUUUCCCCACAUGCCAUCCUCAUUCUCUUCACCCACCUUCUCAUCUUCAUGUCGUCCACCACCGUCGCAAAAUCCAUCAGCAACGGGUCCGAGGUCGACCUGCAGGCCCUCCUCUCCUUCAAGGAGAGCAUCACCAAUGAUCCGCGCCAGGUACUACUGUCGUCUUGGAACCACUCGAUCAGCUUCUGCAGCUGGAGAGGUGUUACCUGCGGUAUUAAUCUUCCAACUCGUGUGAUCUCCCUGAACUUAAACUCUGCGCAGCUCAGUGGUCAGUUAUCUCCUUGGAUAGCUAACCUUACUUCACUAGAACGGAUAGACCUUUCAGAAAAUCGCUUUUCUGGAAGCAUUCCAGAGGAGUUAGGCACACUUCGACAGCUACAGUUUAUGAUCCUUUCAGUGAACAGCCUUGAAGGUAUCAUUCCUAGAUCCCUAGGCACCAGUAGAUCUCUCAUACAUGUCAAUCUCACAGAAAACCAUCUUGUCGGUACUAUCCCAGAUUUCCAUAGGUUGCCAGCCCUCCAAACUUUGAUACUGUCAGAAAACUUCCUUGUAGGUACCAUUCCUAGAUCUUUAGGAACUAGUAGAUCUCUUAAAAUUGUCGAUCUCUCAUUUAACAUCCUCACUGGCAAUAUUCCAGAGUUCCAUAAGAUGUCAACCCUUGAAUUUCUUGAUCUUUCAAAAAACAACCUUUCUGGAAGCAUACCUUCAUCACUGGGAAAUGUUUCUUCUCUCAUAGAGAUAAGGCUUGACACAAACAGGUUGUCAGGAUGGAUUCCAGAAACUUUUGGCCUUAUCCAGAACCUUAGUAUGCUGAGUUUAGAUUACAACUACCUGUCGGGGCAUCUCUCGGCCAAACUCUGUAACAUCUCAUCACUCAUUUACCUUUCUUUGGCUGAGAAUAACCUAAUUGGACGAGUACCAUCUUGCAUUGGAGACACAUUACAGAACCUUGAAAUGUUGUCCAUGUCAGGUAACAGAUUCGAGGGAUUAAUUCCAUCAUCACUAGCAAAUGCAUCGAACCUCCAGGUGAUUGAUCUUGGAUACAACUUACUAAAUGGGCGGAUCCCAUCUCUAGGAUCUUUAGCUGACUUACGUGUUCUAAAAUUAGGAAGUAACUUCCUACAAGCUGAAGGUUGGGAAUUCCUUGCCUCUCUGACAAACUGUGCACAACUAGAAAUGUUGGAAAUGAGUGGGAAUGUCCUGAAUGGAAGUAUCCCUAGGUCUGUUGGGAAUCUUUCUAAAAGUUUAACACGUUUAAACCUUGGAAGGAAUCAAAUUGUAGGCACAAUACCAGUUGAGAUUUUUAACCUUCGAAAUCUCCAAAUGCUUGCCAUGGGACAAAACUUGCUUUCCGGGAUUAUUCCCUCUGUUAUUGGGGAUCUAGGAGAGCUAAUCAUCCUAACCCUAUCAGGAAACAGAAUUUCUGGCCAGAUCCCAUCUACAAUAGGUAAUCUUUCUCGGCUGAACAAGCUUUCUCUAGAUAGCAAUGACUUGAGUGGGAACAUCCCAGCAACUUUAGGAUAUUGCGAGCAACUGGAUAUGCUAAAACUAUCUUUUAACAGACUUGAGGGACCAAUACCAAGUGAACUCAUCAAUAGCACUACCCUCAUAGGUUUGGAUUUGUCAAACAACCACCUUACAGGAUCAAUACCGCUACAAAUUGGUGCUUUGCUUCAACUUCUCCAACUCGAUAUUUCCUUCAACAGAUUGUCUGGUCAAGUUCCACUUUCACUUGGCCAAUGUGUCCAACUAUCUUCUCUCAGAUUCAGAAGUAACAUGCUUUAUGGAAUCAUACCUCUAUCUUUUAGCAAUCUGAAGUCCAUCGAACAGAUCGAUCUUUCCCUAAACUCCCUCGCGGGACAAAUUCCAGUGUUCUUUGCAAACAUGGGUUAUUUGCAGCAACUUGAUCUGUCUAUGAACUACUUUAAAGGGCCGAUUCCAACUGGUGGCAUCUUUCAGAACCAUAGUGCAGUAAACUUGGCUGGCAAUGAAGAGCUUUGUGCAAUUGCAACCACCACCACCUUAUAUCAGUUCCCAGUUUGUACCACAAUAUCACCUGUUGGGAGCAAGAAGAAUGCACUUUUAUUGGUAAAAGUGAUUCCUCCAAUUGCUGUUGCCUUGAUCUCCCUUACAUGCUUUUUGGUCAAUCUUCUGAAGAGAAGGCAAGCAGAAGCAGCUCCAUGCUACAAGGAAACAAUGAAGAAGAUUUCUUAUGGUGACAUCGUUAAAGCAACCAACUGGCUUUCUCCGGUUAGUAAGAUCUGCUCAAGUCGCGCCGCUUCGAUCUACAUUGGAAGGUUUGAGUUUGACACGGACCUGGUCGCCAUCAAGUUAUUCCAUCUCCAGGAGAAUGGUGCGCGCGACAGCUUCGUUACCGAGUGCGAGGUGUUGCGAAACACCCGCCAUCGUAAUCUUGUCAAAGCUGUUACCGUAUGUUCGACAGUGGACCUAGAGAACAAUGAAUUCAAAGCUAUAGUUUUCGACUUCAUGGCCAACGGAAGCCUGGACAUGUGGGUGCACCCGAAGCUGCACCACACUAGCCCCAAGAGAGUACUGAGCUUGGGCCAGAGGUUAAGAAUAGCAAUGGACGUCGCGUUGGCUCUGGAUUAUAUGCACAACCAGUUGACACCUCCUCUAAUCCACUGCGAUUUGAAGCCAGGCAAUGUUCUUUUGGACUACGACAUGACCGCGAGAGUUGGUGAUUUUGGGUCAGCGAGAUUUCUCUCUUCAGUUCCUGGUAGUCCAGAAGAUUUGGUUGGUGUGGAAGGAACGAUUGGAUACAUCGCACCCGAGUAUUGCAUGGGAUACAAAGUCUCAGCAGGAUGCGACGUCUACGGUUUCGGGGUCUUGCUUCUGGAAAUGCUCACCGGUAGGCGACCAACUGAUGCGAUGUUCACUGAUGGCCUGAGCCUGCACAAGCUUGUGAGCUCCGCCUUUCCAGGUAGACUUGGAGAGGUUUUAGAUCCCCAUUUGUCCCACGAGCAGCAGCUUGCGUGUGACAGAGUGUUUAUGCGGAGAUAUAUGGUACACUUGGUUGAAGUUGCCCUCCUGUGUUCCAUGGAAUCGCCUAAAGAUCGACCGGGAAUGGGAGAAGUUUGUGCCAGAAUUUUGUCUAUCAAAGAGGCAUUCUUUGAGCUCUGCUGAUUAACCUGCAGAUCUACACGUUCUUGAAUAAAAAUCUGUGACGUGGAUACUUUUCUGUAAAUCUUGGUUCAACGGACCUCUAGUUAUUAAUAUUUGAGUU